AUGUCUCGUCUUUCGUUCACCUUAUUUUUUUUCGCCCUAAUUGCCUUCACCUAUGCUGUGGAAUCUCCUAAAAGCGGCGGCUUCCUGCCGAGUACAACUGAACCAAUUUUCGCAGAAGAACUCGAAGAAUGCCAGUCUAUCUGGCGGUUAGGGCUCAUCAAGAAGACGUUGGAAGCUGAACAAUCUCCGGUUAUGCGCAAGGUUUGCACGCUGAAUGGCAUUAUGGGGCGCUCGAAUAACCAUCUCCAGGUUUUCGCUUUCCUGUUCCCGUUUGGACCCGCAUGGAAUUCGAUUCUGGGGACGUUUUAUAUCUCAUCCGUGCCUAAUUUCAUCCUGGCCUUCAUUCCAGCCCAAAUCAAUGCAAACACGCUCAACACAAUGACUGCGUUUGCUACCGGUGGCCUUCUCUCUGAUGUCUUCCUACAUCUCAUCCCUCAUUCGUUCAUGGGCGAACACCAAGGCGAUGGCGUCCAUUUCGUGAUGGUGGAGGAGAAGCGCAAUAUCCUAAUUGGGCUUGGUAUUUUUGUCGGAUUCGCUGCCUUCUUCAUGAUGGAGAAGACUCUACGUGUGCUGGGGGGAGACGAGGGUGGCGAAGGACAUUCACACUCCCAUUCGCAUUCGCAUACGAACCAAGACACUGCUACUGCUAGUGGGGUCGCCAAUGGAUCGGAGAAUGGCUCUGCUCAUUUGCGCAAGGGAAAAAAGGGCGAAACGGAAGGAGUAGAGCACAAAGAAGACUCGACACCUACGUCCGCCACUGGCCCGUCCAAAAUGUCUGCGUAUCUUAACCUAUUUGGCGAUUUCGUCCAUAAUAUUACUGAUGGCCUGGCAAUGGCUGCGAGUUUUUAUGCGUCUCCCCUCAUUGGGGCAACAACUACCCUGGCUUGCUUUGCUCAUGAAAUUCCUCAUGAGAUCGCGGACUACUCAAUUCUCAUUCGGAGUGGAUUUACCAAAAGACAAGCUAUGCAAUCGCAAUUCUUGACUGCUGUCGGAGCUUUUGUGCGUGUUUCCUACACUCUCAUUCAGUUGUUGGGUUUCCCCCCAGCCAACCACCUUGUCUGGCUUGUCUUCCUUUCCCCCGCUCUUCCCACUGUGUCUUGGCACCUUCUCUCUCUGCCUGCUUGCUUUCGCGAGGCUGAACUUCCUCCCAACAGAACAUUCAUUGGAAUCGCGGUGGCCUCUGGGUCAGGCGCUUCCGAGUCCCAUUCGGACCGGAAUGACCUUGCGGCUGCUGUAAGACAAGACGCAAAUGGCCUCUUAGGGACCACGACCCAGUUAGCAGAUCUGGUGAUCCCAUUCGUUGCGGGAGGAUUCCUAUAUAUCGGUGCCGUCGCGGUACUUCCAACGUUGCUUGUCGAGAGCAAAAGUGCAGCCCAAGCUUUGCGAGAGUUUGUGGCAAUGGGAGUAGGCGUGUUAGCCAUGUUUUUGGUUGCUUGGAAUGAGUAG